AUCUUUCUCCGAUUGCGAUUGAGUUGGUUUUUGGUUUGGUUGACAGAAUUUAUUUACGUUUUAUAAAAGUAAAGAUUUCAGAUUUCAUGAAAAUUAUCGUACCUAAUUGAAUGUUCAUCUACUUUUCUUCUUGUAAAAGUGUCCUAUUGACAAUUUAAUCGCAGUGUAUAUUCAAAUCCUUUUGUGUGUAUGCGGAAAUUGAUGCCAGGAUGCCGCUGAUAGAAGGUGUGGGCGAUGAGGUGGUGCAGUUUGUGGGGACAGUUGUGGUGAUGGCGGUGGCGGCGCUGGCCUGGUGGUCCACGAGCGCGCGCCCCGACCGCUACCGCACCGUGCUGCUGAUGCGCUCGCGAGCCCCACACCCACUCACUGUUAGCAUUCGAACACGGCCUGGGCUUGUGGGCGUGGGAACACAGAGCAAUGUCUCAACUCAAUCUACAGCCACAGAUCCUAUGGAUACUGAUGAUGUUGAUGAGGCAACAGGAGACAGAACUAGAGUGAUACCGCUACAAGAAAUGGACAGCAUAGUUGAUGCUGACAUGGCAAUGAUCAAUCAUCAUAGACUGCACUUCUAUAGAAGAGUUGACACGGCGCUAUCAGUGGCCCUGGAGAGCGGGUCGGAGUCGGGGUCGGAGAGCGAGGGCGCGGACGAGGAGGCGGCGCGCGCGCAGGUGCGCGAGAUGGACAGCAUCGUGAGCGCCAUGGAGGGCGACGCGCAGCCCGCCCGCGCAAGUGAGUUGGACUCUAGGUGUGUCCUGGAGAGCGGGUCGGAGUCGGGGUCGGAGAGCGAGGGCGCGGACGAGGAGGCGGCGCGCGCGCAGGUGCGCGAGAUGGACAGCAUCGUGAGCGCCAUGGAGGGCGACGCGCAGCCCGCCCGCGCAAUUUCAGAAAGCCGAUCCAAUGACGUCAUAACAUCUAUGAAAGGGGAACCCCAAAAGAAAAACCAAACUGACUCAGCAUCUGCUAAUGUGACUAGUUCCGUGGAUGAAGCUUCAGCUGUCAGUAACGAGAGUAAUACAAACACAUCUGAGGGUGCUGAGAAUGCCACAGAGUCCUCGCAAGAAACUGGAGACGCCAGAAAGAUACUCAUCAAACUGAAAUACUUGAAUGAUACCUUGAAAGAGGUGGAUGGGAGUUUGGACGAACUAUUGAAGGAUUUUAAAUGGCGUCACUUCGCGACAGAGCUCACAGCCUCGUGUCGGGUGCGUCUAAUCUUCAACGGGCGAGUCCUGGCCGACGACGCGUCGACGCUGCGCGCCUGCGGGCUGCACCACCGCGCCGUCGUGCACUGUCUGGUGCACCCCAGCAACAACACACAGCGCGUGAUCCGCGAUGAAGGAGUGCUGGCCGCGCCGGGCGCGCCGGAGCGCACGUGGGACCUCGAGAACAUACUCAUGACGCUCGUGUCCGUCGCGCUCACCGUCGUCUGGUUCUUCAGAUGCGAAUACUCCAACAUGUUCACGGCGAGCGCGAGCGUGGCCCUAUUCGGCCUGACGGUGUUCUAUUCAGUCGCCAUAUUCGGUCUGUACCUCUCCGACACAUUCCACUUCGACAGGCGGCCGCAGCCGGUGCCGGCCAACUGAGCGCGCGCGCGGCGCCGCCCCGCGCCCGUCGCCGUCAACUGAUCCUUGUUUGUGGGCAUGCUUAUACUCGUGUUUGUGAGGCUGGAGGGCCUCCGUACUAACCACUUCUUUUUGUAGGUGAGGAGUUGCGGCUUUUGCGUAGUGUGAUGGGGGUCUUUUGGCUUGUGUGUCGUGGGUAAAGCGUUUGGAUAAAUUUUGGCAAUUACUGUAUGGGUAUUUCAAUCAUAAAGCUACAAAAUUCAGUUUCCAUUCUAGCGUUGCAAAAAUAAUUUGCUAUAAGUUUCGUCUAGAGCUGAAUUUAUGAAUGCUGUAUCUUUCGUAAUUGUGUAUCACCCUAUAGACAGGGAUUGGUCACCUUUAUUUUGAAGCUAGACUGAAAAUUUUAUGGGUACCCGCCCCGUGACCGUCAUGCUAUCAGGAUACUAUUUCCAGUGUAUCCGUUUUGUAAACCCAGAAAGUAACUAAACUGGCAACACAAUCCUGCUAUCUGGAGGCGUGAUCAUGAGUGGACCCUUUUAAGCUCAAUUUUUACAAAAAAAGCCUUUCCAGAAGGCUUAAAUAUUUAAAUUAAAAUUAAUAAAAUUACUGUGAUAAAGUGAAAUACCCUGAAAAUGGGUUUGGGUCACACGCCAAAAGAUCCUUAUAGCACUGCACUGUGGUGAUACACUGGCAAAACUUUCGAUACGUCUAUGCUGAUCCGAGAAUGGUUAGAAAACUGUCAGAAUGGCUGUUGAAUCCGCAUUUGAGUCAAUAUCUACCUCCUGACGGCUAUUCAGUUUGCUAGUGCAUCACUAGCUAUAAGAUAUGUUUCUAGUACUGAUUUAUUCCAUUAAACUGCUGUUAUUGAUAAGUUUAAACUUGACAGCAGUUUACUUGGAAAAGUAACAUGAGUAUAAGCGAUCCCACGGGAGAAGAAAAUUGAGUUAAUAAUGCUGGACAUGUUUACUUGCUUUUUUCUUUAACUUGAUGUAUAAUCAUUAUCAUUAGAGAUUUCAUGUAGGUAGCACAAACUACUUAACUUAUCUCUGAACUUAUCAUAGACUUUCAUCAUAAAAUACUUUAGAUCAUGAUUAUAUGUAAUACUAUUUCAAAUUCAUCAUUUAUAUAUUUUAGCUAUAACUACAUGUUAACUUAAGGAAGUAUUUACAAAAAUAAAUACAACAUUAAUUUUACACGUAACUAUAAUUACAUGACAAGUUGCAAUAAUAAUUAUGUACCUAGUUACUGCACUAAGGUUUUUAGUCAUAAAAUCAAUCAAUAUUUAGAAACUG